UCAUUCUGCUGGCUGCGCGGUGGCGGCGGCUGUGUGUGCGCCGCGCCUCGCCGCUCCCCCCGGCCCCCCGAGCCCGGGGCGCGCGCUCUCGCCCGGGCCGCCCGGGCCCCGCGGAGCCGCGGCCCGAGGCCCCGGGAAGCGCAGCCAUGGCCCUGCGGAGGCUGGGGGCCGCGCUGCUGCUGCUGCCGCUGCUCGCCGCCGUGGAAGAAACGCUGAUGGAUUCAACCACAGCGACCGCGGAGCUCGGCUGGAUCGUGCAUCCUCCAUCAGGGUGGGAAGAGGUGAGUGGCUACGAUGAGAACAUGAACACGAUCCGCACCUACCAGGUAUGCAAUGUAUUUGAAUCGAGCCAGAACAACUGGCUCCGGACCAAGUUCAUCCGGCGCCGCGGCGCCCACCGCAUCCACGUGGAGAUGAAGUUCUCGGUGCGGGACUGCAGCAGCAUCCCCAGUGUGCCCGGCUCCUGCAAGGAGACCUUCAACCUCUACUACUAUGAGGCCGACUUCGACUCGGCCACCAAGACCUUCCCCAACUGGAUGGAGAACCCGUGGGUGAAGGUGGACACCAUCGCGGCCGACGAGAGCUUCUCCCAGGUGGACCUGGGCGGCCGCGUCAUGAAGAUCAACACCGAGGUGAGGAGCUUCGGGCCCGUGUCCCGCAGCGGCUUCUACCUGGCCUUCCAGGACUAUGGCGGCUGCAUGUCCCUCAUCGCUGUGCGCGUCUUCUACCGCAAGUGCCCCCGCAUCAUCCAGAACGGCGCCAUCUUCCAGGAGACGCUGUCAGGGGCCGAGAGCACUUCGCUGGUGGCCGCCCGGGGCAGCUGCAUCGCCAAUGCUGAGGAGGUGGACGUGCCCAUCAAACUCUACUGUAACGGGGACGGCGAGUGGCUGGUGCCCAUCGGGCGCUGCAUGUGCAAAGCGGGCUUCGAGGCCGUGGAGAAUGGCACCGUCUGCCGAGGUUGCCCAUCUGGAACCUUCAAGGCCAACCAAGGGGACGAGGCCUGCACCCACUGCCCCAUCAACAGCCGGACCACUUCGGAAGGGGCCACCAACUGUGUCUGCCGCAACGGCUACUACCGAGCAGACCUGGACCCGCUGGACAUGCCCUGCACAACCAUCCCCUCUGCACCCCAGGCCGUGAUCUCCAGCGUCAACGAGACCUCACUCAUGCUGGAGUGGACCCCGCCCCGUGACUCCGGAGGCAGGGAGGAUCUCGUCUAUAACAUCAUCUGCAAGAGCUGUGGCUCCGGCCGGGGCGCCUGCACCCGCUGUGGGGACAACGUGCAGUACGCGCCCCGCCAGCUGGGCCUGACAGAGCCCCGCAUCUACAUCAGCGACCUGCUGGCCCACACCCAGUACACCUUCGAGAUCCAGGCCGUGAACGGCGUCACCGACCAGAGCCCCUUCUCCCCUCAGUUCGCCUCUGUGAACAUCACCACCAACCAAGCAGCUCCGUCGGCUGUGUCCAUCAUGCACCAGGUGAGCCGCACCGUGGACAGCAUCACCCUGUCGUGGUCCCAGCCUGACCAGCCCAACGGCGUCAUCCUGGACUAUGAGCUGCAGUACUACGAGAAGGAGCUCAGUGAGUACAACGCCACGGCCACAAAGAGCCCCACCAACACAGUCACUGUGCAGGGCCUCAAAGCCGGCGCCAUCUAUGUCUUCCAGGUGCGGGCACGCACCGUGGCGGGCUAUGGGCGCUACAGUGGCAAGAUGUACUUCCAGACCAUGACAGAAGCCGAGUACCAGACCAGCAUCCAGGAGAAGCUGCCACUCAUCGUGGGCUCCUCGGCGGCUGCCCUGGUCUUCCUCAUCGCCGUGGUUGUCAUCGCCAUCGUGUGUAACAGAAGACGGGGGUUUGAGCGUGCUGACUCGGAGUACACGGACAAGCUGCAGCACUACACCAGUGGCCACAUGACCCCAGGCAUGAAGAUCUACAUCGACCCGUUCACCUACGAGGACCCCAAUGAGGCAGUGCGGGAGUUUGCCAAGGAAAUCGACAUCUCCUGUGUCAAAAUUGAGCAGGUGAUCGGAGCAGGUUCCCCUACAUCCUCACACCAUGCCAUCCAAACACCAUGGGACAGCCAUGAAGAGUUUACUCUUACUCUCAAAGGGGAGUUUGGUGAGGUGUGCAGUGGCCACCUGAAACUGCCAGGCAAGAGAGAGAUCUUUGUAGCCAUCAAGACGCUCAAGUCGGGCUACACUGAGAAGCAGCGCCGGGACUUCCUGAGCGAGGCCUCCAUCAUGGGCCAGUUCGACCACCCCAACGUCAUUCACCUGGAGGGUGUUGUCACCAAGAGCACGCCCGUGAUGAUCAUCACUGAGUUCAUGGAGAAUGGCUCCCUGGACUCCUUCCUCCGGCAAAACGAUGGGCAGUUCACAGUCAUCCAGCUGGUGGGAAUGCUACGGGGCAUCGCGGCCGGCAUGAAGUACCUGGCGGACAUGAACUACGUCCACCGCGACCUGGCCGCCCGCAACAUCCUUGUCAACAGCAACCUGGUCUGCAAGGUGUCCGACUUCGGCCUCUCACGCUUUCUGGAGGAUGAUACCUCAGACCCCACCUACACCAGCGCCCUGGGUGGGAAGAUCCCCAUCCGCUGGACAGCCCCAGAAGCCAUCCAGUACCGGAAGUUCACCUCAGCCAGCGACGUGUGGAGCUAUGGCAUCGUCAUGUGGGAGGUGAUGUCGUACGGGGAGCGGCCCUACUGGGACAUGACCAACCAGGACGUAAUCAAUGCCAUAGAGCAGGACUACCGGCUGCCACCGCCCAUGGACUGCCCAAGCGCCCUGCACCAGCUCAUGCUGGACUGCUGGCAGAAGGACCGCAACCACCGGCCCAAGUUUGGUCAGAUCGUCAACACGCUGGACAAGAUGAUCCGCAACCCCAACAGCCUCAAAGCCAUGGCGCCCCUCUCUUCUGGCAUCAACCUGCCACUGCUGGACCGCACGGUCCCCGACUACACCAGCUUUAACACAGUGGACGAGUGGCUAGAGGCCAUCAAGAUGGGGCAGUACAAGGAGAGCUUCGCCAGCGCUGGCUUCACCUCCUUCGAUGUCGUGUCGCAGAUGAUGAUGGAGGACAUUCUCCGGGUUGGGGUCACCUUGGCCGGCCACCAGAAAAAAAUCCUGAACAGUAUCCAGGUGAUGCGGGCACAGAUGAACCAGAUCCAGUCUGUGGAGGUUUGACGUUCACCUGCCUCGGCUCACCUCUUCCUCCAGGCCCUGCCCCCUCCACCCCACAUGCCGGCCGCCCUGGCUCUCUGUCUACCGAAGGGUCAGCCACCUGCCAGGAGGCCACGGCAACAGGAAGAACCAAGCAGCCCGCCAGCCAUGAGACGUCACCAAGAGCACGUGCAACUCAGAUGAUGGGAAAAAAGGGAACGGGGACAAAAGAAAACAGAUCCUGGGAGGGGGCGGGAAAUACAAGGAAUAUUUUUUAAAGAGGAUUCUCAUAAGGAAAGCGAUCAUUGUUCUUGGGGGAAAAGAAAAAGGGCUUGGGAGAUUCAUGCGACGGCCCAAUUGGAGCUCAAAAGCAGUUUCUCUCCAACUCCCUCUGGGAAGGCGACCUGGCCGGAGCCAAGAAACACUUUCAGGAAAACAAAUGUGAAAGGGAGAGACCAGGGUCACUCUUCUCUCCCGCCCCCACCCCCAGGCUGCUCUUCCAGGCCUCGCUCAACAGCCACGUGCCAGGCGGACAGAUGGGCAGCCACCUGGGAGCCACUCCGGGAAUAUCCAUUCCUACUGCCACUGGGCAAACAGAAGAAUCCUUCUGUCUUUGGAGAAUAUUUUAGAAACUCCAAUGAAAAAGACGCGUUUCUCCGAUUGGCUUAUGGGGCUGAAAAGGGACUCUUGUCUUCCUGGGUCAGGGAGAACACAGGGACCUGGGAAGGUCAGCCGCCCUGAGGCUGCCACCCCCCAGGUCUGCAGCUCCACGUCCAUUAUCACGUGCACAGCCGGCCACCCGGCCCACUGGGCGCCCACUCCCGACAGCCCCCACAUGGAGGACUGGUGCUGCAGUGACCACCAUCAGCUACACUGCCACUGAGGACGGUUGUGCCUGCGUCUGGGUUUGUUUACAGCGAUUCGUGGACUGGGGGGCAUAUUUUGGUCAGGGGUGAAUUUGGUUUAGGGGUUUGUUUGUUGGUUGUUGUUUUGUUUUUUUUUUAAUGACAAUGAAGUGACACUUUGACAUUUCCUACCUUUUGAGGACUUUGAUCCUUCUCCAGGAAGAAGGUGCUUUCAGCUUAAUGACUUAGGCAAUACACCAAGGGCGAGAUUUUAUAUGCACAUA